AUGGUCAACACAACUGACGCUAUCUACUUGAACGAUCAUGACUCCGUGGGUACAUUCACCGACGCCCAGUCGGUGGUUGCAACCACGCGUCCGUUGCCCCAUUUACCGUGCACUGUUCAGGUGGUGCUGGCAACGGUAGUCUCCUCUGUGGUUUUCCUGACCAUCACCGGGAAUAUUUUGGUCAUUGUAUCCUUCUGCCGCAACAAAGACCUCCAGGGUUUUAACCAGUGUUUCAUCCUAAGCCUGGCAGUGUCUGAUCUGUUGGUUGGCUGUAUCGACAUGCCCCUUCACUUCUCCGUGGUCUCGGCCGUCGUGAUCAGCUUGGACCGCUUCGUUGCUCUUCGCAAGCCCUUCUUCCAUCGGCGUAGGUGGCGAACCAAACGCAACGCGGCUUUACUGAUCACCUUGAGUUACCUGGUGCCGAUCGUAAUCUGGCUGCCCAUCACCGUGCUCUGGCCUGUCUUUGCCGGCGGACGAAACGUCCCAACCCGGACCUGUAAGCCCCAGUAUGUAGAAAGCCGAGCCGUUAGUAUUGCAGCACCUGUGCUAUUUUUUUGGCUGCCUGUUUCAGUGGUGAUCGUGCUCUACUACCAUGUCUAUAAGAGGAUCCGUAAGACUGUGGCCGAGACGAAGCAGAGAAAGGCAAGACAGAAAGUGGUUUUGAGCCGGUACGUAAAGCCCAGCAACGGUGAGAACUCAUCAGCAACAUCCAACACAAAAGCACCAGGGAACGAACCUUCAAACCAGAAGCAGCCCAACUUCAUGUUGAGUUUCCGCGAAUCGUCGAUGGAAGGAUUGGAUAAUGUCGGUUUUUCUGACCUGUCAAGUAGCGAUGUCACGGAAAGGACAGAUCACCAAUCGCACAGCAGCUCAUCAGGGUGUGGAGACAAGAACAUAGACAACUUAAAACCCACCAACCCGCCCGAUAAUUCCGCCCCGACAUUUCCGAAAACCGAUCCGACCAAAGCUGUCCCAGAUCAAGGAACUUCGCUUGAGAUUAAACCUGAAGAAGUGGACAAACCCAACAAAACCUUGUCAAGGCGACCACAGUUUUUAUCCAGAGGCGUUAGGUCGCGCGACGUGGAGAGGAAAGCCCGGGUGGAGAACAACCGAGCCAACAGGAUACUCGGCAGUAUCAUCGCCGCGAUGGUCAUCACCUGGCUGCCUUGGGCAAUUAUCGUUGUCGUCGUCAGUCUCUGUCCAGAUUGCCUCCCGGAAUCUCUCUAUGCAGUAAGUUUCAAAGAAUAG